GCUGCUGCCGCGGGAUGGGCUUGGGCGAAGCGGGCGCCGAGCGAGACGCGGCCGGAGCAGCGCGGAGCGGCGGGCAGCGGCUGAGGGUCCGGCCGGGCGCCGCCUGACAGGGAGGGAGCUGCCUCUCUUCUCUCCGGGCGGGAGGAGGCGCGAGAGCGAGCGAGCGAGCGAGCGGGGAAACUCCCCUCGGUGCUACUUGAAUUACUUGAAAUCGCCACUUGUGACACUGUGCUGGCGAGGAGGCAGCAGCCUCCGCCGCCGCCGCCGCCGCCGCCGCCAGGAUCGCAGCCCAGCCCGCGCUCCCUCCCGGAGUUGGCCGGCGCCGGCGGGCGCGAGGGCGGCCAGGUCAAAAGGUGGGGCGGGCGGCGCUUCUCCCUCUUUCUCCGGGGCGGCGGUCACGGAUGGUCGUGGUUAUGUAAACGUCGAGGCGCGGAAGUGGAUCCUUCGGCGUGAGCGCCUCCCCCCGCGAUCCGCAGCCUGAAGGCAGCGCCCGGAGAUCGCAGCCCCCCGGUGCCCCCUCGCCUGGCUCGCCUUCGCCCCUCCGCCUCUCCCCGCGGGAAGCGUGGCCCAUCGGCGCCCGCAGGAUGUCCGCGGUGGCGUACAUGGACUUCGUGGCUGCCCAGUGCCUGGUGUCCAUCUCCAACCGCUCCGCGGCCCAGCCCGACGUGACCCGGGACGCGGAGCUGCUGAAGAUGCCCGAGGAAGAGGAGGACGAGGCCGCCGCCGCCGCCGUGACCAAGGAGAUGAACGACCCCCGGGACGCCUGGAAGGAUUAUUGCACUUUGGUGACCAUUGCCAAAAGCUUGUUGGACCUGAACAAGUACCGGCCCCUGCCGACCCCCUCCAUCUGCAGCGACAGCGUGGAGAGCCCCGACGAGGACGCGGGGUCCGACAGCGACGUGACCACCGAGUCCGGCUCCAGCCCCUCGCACAGCCCCGCCGAGGGGCAGGAGGCGGGCGGCGGCGGGUCCCACCCGCUCUCGCUGCUGCGCGGCGCGGCGCCCGCCAAGGGGAAGCUGGCCGCCGAAAAGAGACACAAGUGCCCCUACAGCGGGUGUGGCAAGGUCUACGGCAAGUCGUCCCACCUGAAAGCCCACUACCGAGUGCACACAGGUGAGCGGCCGUUCCCUUGCACAUGGCCCGAUUGCCUUAAAAAGUUCUCCCGCUCUGAUGAGUUGACGCGACACUACCGAACCCACACUGGGGAGAAGCAGUUCCGAUGCCCGCUCUGUGAGAAGCGGUUCAUGAGGAGCGACCACCUGACCAAGCAUGCGCGUCGCCACACUGAGUUCCACCCCAGCAUGAUCAAGCGAUCUAAAAAGGCCAGCUCUGCCUCCUUUUGAAGAACAGACUAGGGUGGGGGUGGGGGUGGGGGUGGGGAGACAACCAUUGUCGAGAAAGGCAUAACUGAUCAGCACAAAUACGUCCGCCAGCGUACAGAAAUAUUCCCCUACUUGCAUUUUCAAAGCACAUGUAGCCGGAAGAUUAACAUUUUCAUCCUCUCCACCCUGCUAUGCUACCAACAACAGUCUUAAAUCAGUCACUGCUGGGUGGGCGUUGGGGAGGGGGGAUCAGCAGAAAUAAUGCAACUUUUCUUUUUGUAGUUUAAAUAAUUGACACUGGUGUAUAUAUGUCUGACUGGUGGUUUGACCUGUGACACCACAGUAGUGAUUCCAAGCUCUUUGUGAUUGCUGUGUCAUGGGCAUGUUUUGUUGACUAAUGUAAUGCUGCUUGUAUUUAAAUGAAAACAAAAACGACAAAAAAAGUUUAGUACAACCACUUUCCAGCUCACUUAAGUAUUUCUCAAGUAAAGGAAACAGAACAGAAACCCAACUCCAUAGCACAUGUUUUAGAAGAAGAUUCACUUCUCUCUGUGUGUGUCUCUCUCAAUGGUCCAUCCUGUUCAAGACUGUUAAGAAAAAAACCAUUAUAUCUGUUGCUCUUAUUAGCCGAUUGAUGUACAAACAAGGAGGUGAAAUUUAUACUGAAGAAGAACUGUUCUGUAUAUCCAGGUUUUUUUUUUAAAAAAAUGAGCUACACUUUUGAUUAUAUGUUUCUCUUUUUUUGAGUGAAAUCAUGCAUACAAACCAAUGACUAAGCAAAAAGGAAAACAAGAUAUAAGCUUGCAUCAUGUGUUUCUGUGGCUCUGCUCUUCAUUUGCCAUUUGGGUAUAUUUGUGAAAAAGUCAUUGUAGAGAAUGUGGGAGAGGUAUGAGACCAACAGCAGUGCCCCCCCUUCUAGCUGACUUUCAUCUGAAAACGAUGUACCGUACUGUACUCUAUAAAUACCACUAACAGUGCUUUAUUCUGCUGCGUUUCAUUGGAAUGGAUGCAUAAGCAGCAGCUACCAUCCUGAUAAGCUACCACUUUUGUAAAGGUUUUUUCCUUAUGUCUCUCUCUCUCUCUGAAAGGUGCAUUCUCUUCAUCCAGUUGCCAGAUUCCUGUCAGCCAGUGGGAACUUUGUGCAUUUCUGGAGGGAACAAAACUUUCUCCCUCUCCUUACACAACAUUCUCUAUGCUAACAGAGACAAGACAAUGAAGACUCGUUGGGUUUUUUAAAACCACUUUCCAAGAGACUUCUACCUUUUCAUAAAUUGCAGCUGUUGUACAGAAUAUGAGAAGAAAACAAACAACAACGAGGUAAUUGAACCUACCACACAGGGGGUAUGUCAAAAUAUUUCUUAGGACAUGAACUCUGCCACUAUGUACCUUGUGAUCUUACCCUGUGUGUUAGGCUUGAUACAUUGAAUGAUAAUGGCAAUACUUCGUCCGUUAAUGCUAAGGCUUGCUCUUUGAAAACAGGAGUGAAAGCGUCCUUGGAAGAACCCCUUGCAUCUAACCAAGCCGCCAUCUUCGUCAAUGUUAAAGCAUGAACUUUCCCUCCCCCAUCUCUUGUAAUGGUGGAGAAUUAUGUUUACAGACUUUCCCCGCUACCCAGAAACAUUCUGCUGGUUCUAUGUUCUUUACUCCUCCUUCGCAAGGAGAGAGAGGUGCAACUGUCCUAUCUAGGGCCAGAUUCAUCCCUGACGUAAUCACCCUGCAGCCAGUAGAAUUAUACAGGGAUCAAUUUGCCCCAUCUUUGUAAAGAAUCUGUACAUACAACUCUUGUAAAGUACACCUGCAAUGGCAGAAUCUUCUUGUUUCACCUGAUAAAAAGCUAGCUUCCUAGAAAAAAAUAAAAAUAAACAAACAUCUCAGAGAGUAGAGUAUUCUACAAUCGUCCGUGGCUUCCAGCACUUAGAACUCAGUAUGCAUCUAGCAUUUUUAACCUGUGUGGUUCAUUAUAAAUAAAAAAAAAAACCCUCUUGUCUAUGCGAAGAGAAUGGCUUCUAAGUAAAGGUGUUAGGGGCACUUGAACAAUCUAUGGGAUUUCAAAAGCAAAAAGGGAUGAGUUUUCUUCAGUGAAGACAUGUCAGGAAACCAAGCACACUUUCUACCUCCGUUUCAGCUUUUUGAAACGUUUUAUUUUACGAUAAACCAAAAUUAAUUUCUGGUGUCCAAAAUAAAUCAUAGGGAUGUUUGUUCUUCCUUAUAAAAACAGGUAGCCUGGCUAUUUCUAUCGCUCUAGUGUAAAAAGUAUUCUGCUUUUCCAGUACUGUUAAUGCUGCCUUGUUUGAUGGGGGUGAGGACCGUGCGCUAGGCCAGCCACUCACAACAUGGGAUUAUUCCAGCCAACCUCCCCUUCUAUCCAAGACCAGUUCUCAAGAGCCUCUGCUCUCAGUUAGUCCUACUCCUUCAACAGUCACUAGAACUAUAGACUGUUGCUCUGAGGUAGGACAAAUGCAGUAUUAGCGAAAUAGAGCCUGGAUGCUGAAUGCUGUUAUUUCACCUUGACUGUAAAGCCACAGGCACAUGAACAUCCCCUCCUUGACAAAUGAUCAGGUCGCUUAGACACAUGAGAAACUGUCGUGUGGCUGCACAGUGAUUAGGGCACUUGCCUCUUUUUCUGACGGGUGUGGGCUCAUUUCCUUGAUCUCACACCACAUAGCCCACCAGGAAGAUUAUAGUCUGGACCCUUGAGUUGGCAAGUCUAUGGUGGCUGAGCACUGGCCUGCAUUCAGCUAAGUAGUCCUGCCAGCAGAAGUCCACCCAAGGACUUCCCUGCUCCCCUCUGCUCCCCCUGUGGGCCCCUGCAUUGGUUCAGGGGAGCCCCCCGAGAAGCUGGCAGGCAGGUGCAAGAGGCAGAUAGGCUUGUGCAGAUGGAGCUUAGCACUGUGCUGAAUUCCUCCCAGUGUGCUCACCACAUUGCUCCUAUGUGUAGGUUACAGAAAUGGCAUUGCCUUAACCACAUCAGCCGAGCAGGUUCUAAUGAUGCAUCUGCUGUGCCCUAAAAUGUAGUUUCGCACAGCUUUUAGGCAUAAUGUUUUAAAACAAAACCAACAUGUGAAUUAUGUUCUUUCUAAAAAAAAACAUUCUUGGGUGCUAAGCCUACCAUGGAAUGUAUAAUCUUAAAUUUAGGUUUGUUCUCUUAAUAGAUCUUCCAUCUAUAUUUUUAAAAAUUGUGAAGCCCUUCAUUGUCACUGCAGUGAUGUAUGCAUGACCACGCUGCUUAUUGGUGGCAGCUGUCAGUGUGGCCACCAGUUUGUGGUGGGUUGGUUGUCUGACUUGCAGGUGAAGGGUUUUGUCACCACAGCACCUGCACUUAAGUGUGUUGAGCAGCAACAAGCAACAUUUCAGUUUUUGCCAACAGACAACCCAGUCACCACAAAGAGCCAUCGUGGCUGCACUGAGGGGAGCACUUGCCACCCCCACAUCAAGCAGGGCCAUCAUUUGUACCAGUCCUUGGACCACAGAUGGACGUGGGAAUGCUUCCUGUGUUACUUUGAGCAGAUAUGGGUGUGCAUGAGAAGGUCUUAAAAGGGUGGAUCCACAUGUUUUAGAGUUGAGGAUUCUGCUUCUUUGCCAUGAUUCAAGAGAAAAAGAUAAUUUGCAAGGAUUUCUCUUUAACCCCCUACCACUUUCCUUCCUCCGCAAGCCACAUGGGGGAAACUAGGGUGUGGUGGCUUAGAGAGGAAAUCAGUGGGCGGGACAUGCUGUCCUGUUUCUUCCUUGCAAAUUAUUCCUUCUCCCACUUGCUGCAGAGAAGCAGUAAUAAGAGUUUCUGGCCCUGUGAUUGCUGACAAACGUAUGUAGACCCAAAUAUGCAUGAGAAUGGUUUGUGAGAAAGGUAAUUGAACCUGCUCAUGCCCCAGAAAAGGCCUAUACAUGGGAUCAUGAGUCUACUCUCGGAAGCAGAGGCCUGUUUCUUCAGCUGUGGUUCUCAACACACUUGAAAGCGAGUUUCACUGAAAUCCACGGGACUUGAUUCCAAUUCAAUAUGCUUCGUAUUGGGGUGCAAGUCUUGCUUCUUAGGAGUCUUCCAAAAGUAACCUCAGAAGCUACCCAAAGUUUAUUAACCACUAACAAAAUUAAAUGAAAAAUAGGAAAAGUUUGUCUCUCUCGGUGUAAAAGCAAGCAGUAAAUUUCAUGGUCAAACUUGACAAUGCAGUAAAAUCAGUUAUUAUUGGUUCUUAACAAAAGGGAGUUUAGGAAGAGACUUUUGCAGGUGUUGAGAAGAACAAAAGAUCAAGUUUUCUGGGAACAUCAUUUGCCACGUUACUCUGGAAAUUCUUAGGAGUGCUGACGUGAAGAUGGCUCCUCUCCUCACUUCAGAAAGACCAUUCUAGAGAAGCCAUGGCUUUAAAACUAUAGCUAUACAACAUCUUUUGUGAACAAUUUUGAUGACUUAUAUACAGGUCUCUUUUCUGUUUGCUGAUGGACUUAGCCCAGUAUGCACCAAACCGGACAUACUCUUCAAAUGCUGUUUUACUACAGAUUAACAAUCUGUAACACUGUAAAAUACCAACCUUUACAA